CGGUCACCUCUGAGCCAGCGCGUGAUCGCCGCGUCCGGCACCUCCCUUUCCUUUGCCUCUACCACUUCCGCCCCGGCGGACGGGUCUCACCCUCGGUUGGGCGAGACGACCGGACGCAUGCGCACUGGGAGCACCCUGAUCAAAAUCGCAAUCAAAACUGCUUUUGUGUUAGACACUAACCAUGGAAUCUAUGAGCCAUCGUGACUGGUCCGGGAGAAAUGCAAUUUUGAAGGCUAGUUCGAUUGUGACGCAGUUUAAAUUCGCGUCUCUCCGCGGACCCCGCCCGCUGACGCGUCCGUCCUUAGACACGUGAGCAGCCGCCUUCCGCAUUGCCGGGCCCGUCCUCGGCCCCGCCCUAGCCCGCGUCCCGCGCAUGCGCAGUCGCUCUUCCGGCAGGCCGUACGUCGCGUGAGCGUCAAGAUGGCUGCCCCCUUGCGGCACACGCUGCUAAGGCUCUUUCCUACAGUCUUACGAAGUUCCUAUGUAGCGCAGGUUCCCCUCCAGACUCUCUGCACCAGAAGUCCUGAAGAAGAUGCUCCAUCCUCACUUCCUGUUUCCCCAUAUGAAAACGAACCUUGGAAAUACCUGGAUUCAGAAGAAUACCAGAACCGCUAUGGCUCUCGCCCUGUUUGGGCUGACUAUCGCCGCAACCACAAAGGGGGUGUGCCACCACAGCGGACCCGAAAGACAUGUAUUCGUAAGGAUAAAAUUGCUGGGAAUCCUUGCCCCAUCUGCCGGGAUCACAAGCUGCAUGUUGACUUUAGGAAUGUGAAGCUGUUGGAACAGUUUGUUUGUGCCCACUCGGGUAUCAUCUUCCACGCCCCAUACACAGGUGUCUGUAUGAAGCAGCACAAGAAGCUGACCCAGGCCAUCGAGAAAGCCAGGGAGUAUGGCCUUCUCAGUUACUACAUUCCCCAGGUUGAGCCCCGAGAUGCUGACUUUCAUACUGUGCAUGGAGCUGUCAGUGUGACUCCACCAGCCCCCACACUGUUGUCAGGUGAACCUUGGUACCAGUGGUACAGCUGGCAGCAGCCACCGGAGAGAGAGCUGUCUCGCCUUCGCCGACUCUAUCAAGGAAAUCUCCUAGAAGAAAGUGGCCCGCCACCUGAGUCAAUGCCUGAGAUGCCCACUACACCAGCAGAAGCCUCCACUGAGCAGACUGGCUCCCACAGUGCUUAGAACUUGUGACCUGGGGAAGUCAGACUAAGGGAGUGGGUGUCUAGGGCUAUGUGGUGUCCUGUGUUCUGCAAAGGGUUCUGUUUUGUGACGGUGGCAGACCCUAAAGGGAAAUGAAGAGGACAAGCACAUUUAAAGUUGAGGAGGGAUCUAGACGUAUAUGGGUAACUCUGGAGAGGGCUUACAUAUGAACUGGAGACUUGUGUGUGCGCUUGAUAAUGUGUCCCUAUUUUAAACCUCCUGGCUCAGCUUUUAUACAAUAAAGCUGUGUCUCUUCACCCA